AUGGAGGGAGAAAAGGGUAUAUAUAUAGCUAAAGAUGCUCUCACCAUUCUCUGUUUCCUUGCACAGAACACAGUCAACUUCAUCAAGACAUCCAAUUCUCCAAGAACUUCCACAAUCAACAUCAAGCUCAAGAGUUACCUCCAGGUCACCAUGCCCAAAACCCUUACGUUGGUCUGCUACAAGCAGUCCCGCUUCUUCCCUGAGAAUACUGCGCACUGGGGGCUGUAA